CGGGGAAUUAGUGUCGAGACCAUUGCGCAAUUUCUUCUACUAUACUUGUUUCAUGGAGUCAUCAAAUAAGAAUGAGUUCUUUCUUGUUCGCGUCGGGCCUUUUCAAUAUAUCCACAUUCUUGAUACUAAUACGAACAUAACAUCUAUCUUUGUUGGUCCCGGUACUUAUGUAUGCAAGGAGAAUGAAUCAAGAGAUUCCUCUGGAAAUGCUUUAUUUUAUCCAAAUGGACAGGUACAGCUUUUAUAUGGCGAUCUGGAAUACCGUUUUCAUCGGGAUCCCUUUCCCCUUUAUCCAGGAGAAGAGCUUCAUGGUCCUAUACGGCCACUUACUGUUGUCUCUGAUAAUAAUGCGCUGCUUUUAUAUGCAAAAACGUUGUUUACGGACUCUGAAGAUAAGGUUAGGCAACCUGGAGAUAAAUGGUGUUUCAUUGGCCCUGGACAUUCUUAA